UUUACGCAUUUCACACGAAGAAGAAGCAAAUYAAGCCUUUCCAGUCUGGCCCGAAUGUGUCUCCAAAUGAACCUAAAAUGUGAGGUUAUUCAGUUUCAGCACGGUGUCUAACUUUGACCGUCGUUAGCUGCAUGCCAUGGCGGAAUAUCCGUUCCGACUGGACCAAAAUAUCUCGACCGAAACAGACUGUCACCGUUUCAGGUGUUCGUGUUGUUAUUGGAGCUAGCAUUAGCCUUGGCUAAAUUAGCUAAGGCUGCUGUUAUUUUAUACUUCAGCAUAACUGAUUCAUCGCUGCAGGGCAGAAASCCGCAAAAACAAGGUAACUCCGUYGCAAGUUGCACCAAUCCGCAAUAACCGGGCUAAUAUCUGGAUAUUAUUCUAUUAAUUAUCGCAAUCCUUUGUAGUUGUUUUAUAUAUUUAAAAAAAAAGUAAUUAACUGUUGUGCGAGUUUUAGGGAGACACAUCUCAGGCAAAAUGUCCCGUGUAUCAACGGUUAAGGUUAGCUAACAGACUCGGAGUUGUCCCAAUACUAGAGCUGUUUUGAGAUGUAGCAGCAGGUAGCCAGUGAGCUGACCCUGGUUCAGCACAGCCCGUCUGUCAGAAGGCAAAAGGGAAAUCAUGUCCUGCAAAGCCGCGACCAAGGACAAGAAGUCGAGCUUCAGCAAGAAGCUGUUCAGGCGAGGCUCCGUGCGCUCCGUGGGUAGCUUUAUGAGCAAAGUCCUCCGGACGCUGACAGCCUUAUCACACUUUGGMUCUGAAGUGCAAACCGACGACGACAAGGAUGAUGGAGGAUUCUCCGCGUUCAAAUCUGGGAGUAAAGAUGUCCCCAUGGAGGAUGGGGACUUUGGUGGGUUCCUGUCCGGAGAUCGAGUUCCCGGAGUGUCAGGUCUGAAGAACCACGGUAAUACCUGCUUCAUGAAUGCAAUCCUGCAGUGCCUGAGUAACACGGAACUCUUCGCCGAGUACCUCGUUUUGGAGCACUACAAAGGCGAGGAGUUGGAGGAGGAUAAGCCCAAAACAAACGGCGUGCAUCUGCAGAAGAAAGGUCCUCUGGGCAAAGGAGAAGUGACCGAGCAGCUGUCCGGACUGGUGCGGGCUUUAUGGACGUUUGAGUACACACCUCAGCAUAGCAGGGACUUCAAGAAUGCUGUGUCAAAAAAUGCCACACAGUUUAAAGGGAACGCUCAGCACGAUGCUCAAGAGUUUCUGCUGUGGUUGCUGGACAGAGUACACGAGGAUCUCAACACCGUCAACCCAAACACCAGGCCUGCUAUUAAGCCUCCCAUUGAAGAAGAUGACCAAAGCAUAGAGGGGCCCUCUCCUCCUCUCUCUGCUGGGUCGUUUGUGCAGGAGCUGUUCCAGGCUCAGUACAGGUCUUCUCUUACGUGCCCGCAUUGUCAAAAGCAGAGCAACACCUUUGACCCCUUCCUUUGCAUCUCCUUACCAAUCCCUCURCCACACACACGGCCCUUGUAUGUGACUGUGGUCUACCAGGGGAAGUACUCUCAYUGCAUGAGGAUCGGAGUUGCUGUUCCUCUCAAAAGUACYGUCUAUCGCCUCAGAGACGCCGUGUCACGUGAAACCAAGAUCCCAAUGGACCAGUUUGUUCUGACUGAAAUGUAUUACGAUGGCUUCCACCGCUCGUUUUGCGACGAUGACGACGAUCUUGACAUCAUCCAAGAGAGCGAUUCCAUCUUUGCCUUUGAGACACCAGAGACCUUCAAAUUAGAAAACCUACGCACAAAAAGAGGAAGCCUUCUGGCAAAUUUAAAUCACAACAAUUUAAAGUACGGGACAGAAAUCAGCAGGACUCCAUCCUUCAUGCAGGGGGCAGUGACUCCUGUAACUGGAUCUCCAAAUAAAAACGUAGGGCCAGAAAAGGUUAUUCUCCUGGUGUGUAACAGAGCGUGCACUGGCCACCAGGCAAAAAGAUUUGGCCUGCCUUUUGUACUGUACAUGGAGCGCACUGUGACUUGGGAUGCUCUACAAAAAGAGAUCCUGGAGAAAAUGCGACAUCUUUUGAGGCCUGGGGUCUACAUCCAGGUUGGACCUUUCAGUCUUCGGGUGGUUGGCGUAGUUGGUAUUACCUACCUCCUUCCUCAAGAUGAGAGACCACUGUGUCACCCAACGGUUGAAAGAGCGUACAAGUCCUGUGGACAAGGGGGACCUCCACAUGUGAAGAUUGUGGUCGAGUGGGACAAGGAAACCAAGGACUACCAACGAUCUAAGAUUGAAGGAGACCGGAGGGUGAAGAUGCAGAACAUGGUGAGGUUCCCACUGAUGGGGAUGGACAUGGCACCGCAUGUGGUCAAGAGAAGCCAGAGCAGCUGGAGUUUACCRUCUCACUGGUCGCCAUGGAGACGGUCCUACGGCCUUGGGAGGAACCCCGAUGACUACCUUUAUGACCUGUAUGCUGUUUGCAACCAUCAUGGCAAUAUGCAUGGAGGACACUACACUGCUUACUGCAAAAACUCUGUUGAUGGUCAGUGGUACUGCUUCGACGACAGUGAGGUGACACCAAUUUCUGACGAUGCUGUGUGUCAGCAAACGGCCUACAUACUGUUUUAUCAGAGAAGAACCACAAUUCCCUCUUGGUCUGCCAACAGCUCUGUUGCUGGCUCCACUAGCUCAUCACUGUGCGACCACUGGAUCAAUAGGUUACCUGGAAGCAGGCCUGCCAGUUUGGCCUCUGGAGCUUCAUCCAGACGUACCUCGCUUGCUUCACUGGCUGAGUCAGUGGAGUUUCCUGCAGAACGCAAUGAGGAUGAUGGAGGAUUUUCAGUCCGCCCAUUUGUGAGAAGCAUYCAGCGACAGAGCUUGUCCUCAAGGUCAUCUAUUGCCAGCCCUUUGGCCUUCAGCGACAGUGGAAUGAAGCCGUCUUGGUCUCUCUCUGCCAAGCUCCAGAUGAGAUCCAACUCACCCUCRCGCUUCUCCUUGGACUCUCGGUGUUCUCCUCCUCUGGAGAGGAUAGGAGAGGCAGGYGACGAUAAGGUAUCCACGUCCUGUUUUGGCAGCUACAGUCGACAUGAACGGUACUUUGGCAGCAGGACUCCGUUGUCUAUGAUGGAAAGCAACUUCGGUGAAGACGGCAAUAAAAGGUUCCUAGACAUGAUGUACUGCAGGGCUCCCACCCCAGUGGAAAAGAAGAGCAACAAAAACGACACAACUGACAACAACAAUGAGAUCACAGCUAUAGACCAAAACAUACAACCCGCUCAAGCAACCCCCUCCAAAGAGCAAAAAAGAAAAAGUAGCAUUGGAGGAUUCACCCUGAAGUCCGAGAGCACAGGCUCUAUCAAGAGCUCCAGCAAAACAGAGUUGGAGAAGACCUCCAAAAAACGUCUGUGCUCAAUCAAUAAGAACCCAGCCUCCGACGCGUCUUCCAGUUCCCCGGCAAAAGGCAAGAAGCUGAGCAGCACGAAGGAGAAGACUGCAAACACGAAGAAAAGCACCKUGACACCCAGUGGAACUCCCUCUAAAACGAAGGAAUCGAAUAAAACUCCYGAGGCGACUCCACAACGUAAACCUUCCCUCCGCUCCACACCUCAGUCUUCAGCUUCUCCCUCUCCAACUGCGAAGAAGAACUCGAGCAUUACUGAGAAAGGCUCGACGAGCUGCCGGAAACGACUGAUGGAAAGGAGUUUCAGCAGAGAUUCUAUGCACACCAGCCCCCUCGUUGACAGCCAUCGGAGCAGUUGUGUGUCCCGUAGUUCAAUUCCCAAGAAUGGGGACAGUAGUCGGCUUGAGAGGAGGUCUGUAAGGAGUUCCAGCAGCAGUUCUUCAGUCACUAGCCUGCGCUCACCAAGUGUAUCCACCAGAGACCUACAGCGGAGUAGCAAAUCAGAGGAAAAAGGCUUGUCUUUCUUCAAGAGUGCCCUCCGACAAAGAGAAAGUCGCCGGUCGGCCGAUUUAGGAAAAAGCGCAUUGCUUACCAAAAAGGCUUCGGAGAGGACAUGCAAGCAGAACGGACAAGCUAAGGAGGUAGAUGGUGACGAUCAAAAGGYUGGAGACGCAGGGUCCUCGAAAACCUCUAAAGAAACUCUGGGAGGCGAGUCAAACUCAGACAAGCAGGCGUCUUCCAAGCCCCCCAGCUCUCUUAGUCGUACUCUACUAGGAAAGUCYAAGUCUUCCUCAUCCGAUGUAAGUAGCAAGUCUCGUACAGAUGGGAAGAAACCUCUAGAAAAGAUGGCAUCUUCUCGAAAGCUGUCAUCAAGCAUGCAAUCUCCUGCACGAACAACACAGAGGCCUCAGUGAUACAUCGGUGGUAGUAAUGAGAAAUAGAACAAUGCAGCUAUUUACGUUGUGCCUAAGUUUCAGUUAGCAUCAGAUGUAUUUGAGACACACUUUUUGUUGUUAUGGUUUUGUACAUCAGCCCUAAAGUMGUUGGUUUUGAAAUUUCCCUGUUUAAGAUAUUUCUUUUUUGUUUU